AUGGCAGAAGCCAGGCGCCAUGAGUUGCCGGCCGAUGUCGCACUGGCGGGCAGGCACCGAAUAUUGGACACUUUGGGCGCAAUUGUCUCGGGCGCUCGACUUAAGCCCGGGGAAAUGGCUAUCAAGUACAUCCGUCUACAAGGCGGUACCCCUGAAUCUUCCGUGCUGGCGACCGACAUAAAAACAUCUGCGGUUAAUGCGGCAUUGGCCAACGGUAUGUUCGGACACGCUGACGAGACUGACGAUUUCGAGCCUGUAACGAAGUCCCACCCUGGCUGUUCAGUGGUGCCGGCGGCGCUAGCCAUGGCAGAAAGAGCGGGAAGCCCAGGGGAAGACCUAUUGCGGGCAGUAGCGCUGGGUUACGAUCUAUGCUGCCGCUUUUUGCUGGCCCUGGAGCCGGAUUCAGUCAGGGGAGGGCACCGUAGCGCGGAAGGGACCAGUUCAACUAUGGGCAGUGUCGGGUCGGCCGCGUGCAUCGCAGGGCUGGAUGAGGCCGGCAUGCGCUAUGCACUCUCUUAUGCAGCCCAGCAGGUAUCCGGUGUUUGGAGCUGGGUUCGCGACGCUGAACACGUGGAAAAAGCAUUCGACUUUGCCGGCAUGGGCGCACGGAACGGGGUUACCGCGGCAACUAUGGCCGAGGCCGGCCUUACCGGGGUUUGGGAUAUACUGGAGGGAGAACACAACGUGCUGCAGGCCCUUUCCCUUGACCCUCGCCCGGAUGAAAUGGUUAUGGGUUUGGGAAACCGUUACUUCAUAACCGAGACCGCCAUAAAACCCUAUUCCGUGGGGUAUCCAAUCCAGGCCGCCUUGGACGCUUUCUUUGCCUUGCACCGGCAACACGGUUUGACCGUCGACAAUGUGAAGAGCAUUGUCGUGAGGCUGCCAAGGGACGGUGCCGGCGUGGUCAAUAACCGGUCAAUGCCCGACGUCAAUUGCCAGCAUAUGAUCGCCGUAGCCUGA